CACAGUUAUAAGAGAAGUCACCAUUAGAGGCCAUGCUAUGAUAUGCAGCGUUGUCUUCCUGUAAUAAAAGCAGCUGUAUGAACACAUCAAUGACAAAGUUCCAAGAUAAACACAACAGUCAAAGUGACACACUGAGGCACGAGAGAACCGCGGCUGUGACACGGACCGUCGCGAGGACCAGACCACAGUGAGGAGGCGGUCACAACACGGGGGGACAUGGUGCUUCCAGAGCGGGGGAGUUAGGACCGUUAGGACCGUUAGGACAGUCACAGUGGGCCUCUAGCUGUAGCUGCUACUGUCCAUACACGUCAGCAGCAGCAGCGGCGGCGGCGGUCCAGUUCAGCUCCGGACAACAACAACAACAGCUGCAUUCAUGAGCUCUUCCCACGCAGCGUCGGCUUCACCGUGAACAGCGAUGGCUCUGAAGUCACGGAGGCCGUGGACCACAGUCGUUAUCGGCGUCUUUCUCGGCUUCACCGCGUCGUCGUGGCUCUUCGCGCCUCAGGUGGACGACAGGAGGAAAAAAGGUCCCACCUGUUUCUACAGAGACUCGUCCGUGGGUGAAGGUCCUCCCGGUGUGCUCGGGAGGAGCGCGGGGAGCAGGGAGCAGGAGGAGGUGCUGGGGCCGGGGAGCAAAAGCGGGGACGGAGGACCCAAGCGCUUCCUCUAUGUUGGUGUGAUGACCGCGAAGAAGUACCUGAGCUCUCGCGCCGUCGCUGCCCACCAGACGUGGACCAGCUCCAUACCCGGCAGGGUGGAGUUCUUCUCCAGCGCCGGGUCAGCUGCUGUCCACACGGACGUCCCUGUACCCGUAGUGUCUCUGGCGGGAGUGGACGACUCAUACCCGCCACAGAAGAAGUCCUUCAUGAUGCUCAAGUACAUCCACGACCACUACCUGGACCAGUAUGAGUGGUUCAUGAGGGCAGAUGAUGACGUUUAUAUCAAAGGUGAGAAGCUGGAGUCGUUCCUGCGCUCACUGAACAGCAGCAAACCCCUGUACCUGGGUCAGACUGGUCUUGGCAUGACUGAAGAAUUGGGCCGUUUGGCCCUCGAGCCCGGAGAGAACUUCUGCAUGGGAGGCCCCGGGAUGAUCUUCAGCAGAGAAGUACUUCGCAGGAUGGUCCCUCACAUCAGUACCUGUCUGAGGGAGAUGUACACCACCCACGAGGACGUGGAAGUGGGUCGCUGUGUGCGUCGUUUUGGAGGAACACAGUGCGUGUGGUCGUACGAGAUGCAGCAGCUCUUCUACGAGAACUAUGAACACAACAAGAAAGGUUUCAUCGAGGAACUUCACAGCAGUAAGAUCCACAACGCCAUCACACUGCACCCCAACAAAAAUCCCGCCUACCAGUACAGACUCCACAGCUUCACGCUGAGCCGCGAGAUCUCCAGGCUGCGUUACCGCACCGUCCUGCUCCACCGCGACAGCCUGGUCAUGAGUUACCUGAGCGACACGGAGGUGCAGUGGGAGGACCAGCAGCUGGGCUCCCCGCCUUCAUACAUGCACUAUCAGCCCAGCGAAAGGAAAGACGUCAUCGAGUGGGAUUUCCUGACCGGCCGCCACGUUUACUCUGCAGACGAAAGCAAGACCGCGCGGCAGAGCCUGGGGAACUCGCUCCGGACUGCACUGGAGGACGUUAUAAUGCAGGUGAUGGAGAUCAUCAAUCAGAACUCAAAGACUCAGGGCCGUGCUAUUGACUUUAAAAAGAUUCAGUACGGCUACUACAGGGUGGAUCCAAUGCACGGAGCGGAAUACAUUCUAGAUUUGCUGCUGCUGUACAAGAAGCACAAGGGACGGAAAAUCAAAGUGCCCGUGAGGCGGCACGCUUACCUCCAGCAGGCCUUCAGUCGACCCUUCUUCACCGAAAGUGAGGAGUUAGACGUGGCAGAACUCGUGGCUGUCAUCAACUCCGAGUCUCAGUCCCUGUCCUUCCUGUCCAACUCCCUGAAGUUCCUGUCACCUUUCCAGUUCUAUGAAUCGACCAGAGAAGUGUGGAAGCAGAACCAGGAGAAAGUCCACAUUGUCCUUCCGUUGUCCGGUCGCUACGACACCUUUGUCCACUUCAUGGAGAACUUUGAGAAGGUGUGUUUAAUCGCCAAACAGAACGUUAAACUCUCGGUUGUUCUGGUGGACAACGAGAGCAGUCAGAUCAGUGAAGCCUAUAUUCAGCUGAUCAAAGAGUAUCAUCGGAAAUAUCCCACAGCGGACAUUUCUCUGAUCCCCAUGACGGGGAACUUCUCACGAGGCCUGGCUCUGGAGCUGGGCUCCUCCAGGCUCCACAACGACACCUUACUGUUCUUCUGUGACGUGGACCUCGUCUUCAGUGCUGAUGCCUUGCAGCGCUGCAGAGACAACACUGUCCAAAGCAAACAGGUCUACUUCCCCGUUGUCUUUAGUCAGUACAACCCCAAGAUAGUGUACGCCGAGAAAACCCUGAGAGAAAACAAAUAUGUGCUCACCAAGAAAAGUGGUUUCUGGCGAGAUUACGGCUUUGGAAUCACGUGCAUAUUCAAGAGUGACUUGCUAAAAGCCGGAGGCUUCGACACCUCCAUCUUUGGUUGGGGAAUGGAAGACGUGGACUUGUACACGAAGGUUAUUAGCACUGGUUUUAAAGUGUUGCGCAGUCAUGAUCCAGGAAUCUUCCACGUUUAUCACCCGGUCCACUGCAACGCGAGUCUCGAGCAGAAACAGUACAAAAUGUGCCUCGGUUCGAGAGCGAGCACGUUUGCGUCGACAGUGCAGUUAGCAGAGCUGUGGCUGGAGAAACACGCGGAGAACGGCUACAACAGAACGUCAUCGUGACAUUCACGAGUUCACCGCACGCCUCAGCGACGGACUGUGUUGUUCAACUUCACAGGACCUUCAUCCAAAGUGACCUGACACGAGUCAAACGUGAAAACAUGGUACCGGACCGGAACCCAGCCCAGGUUUGCUGCACCAAAAAAAAACAGAGGUUCAUCAGAUACUUUACACUUUACUCAGUUUUACACUUUUAUUCUUUGCUGACUGAGGCUACGUAAAAGUGCCGAGUCAUGGAGGGUGAAAGAAUGACCCAAAGAACGAUCAUGGAAAUCACCCCAAGGCUGCUUUGAAAUUAUAUGCAAUGACAAUUAUUAUUAUUUUUUUGUAAGUGAAUUGAUAAUCAGAGUGAAGUGUGUGUGUGUGUGUGUGUGUGUGUGUGUGUGGGUUCAACACAUUCUUGAUUUUUGAAGUGAGAACAUUUUGGUUGGUCCUCACAUCCUGUCCUCCGUUAUUAAAACUGCUUUUUUAGGGUUAGGUUAAGGGUUACAGUGAGGUAUUUAGAGAGUGUCUGCACAGACGUUUGAUUCAUUGACUCUUGGUUCUUUGGUCCAUCAAAGUGUUCAACAUGUUUCCCAAACUCGGAAUAGAGAAUUCAGGAAACCAGAAAAUAUUCACGUUUGAGUGACAGAAAAAUCAGAUAACUUUUUGAAAUUAAAUUUAAACGUUCACUGAUUAAUCAAUUAUCAAAGUAAGUGAAAAUUUUGCCGCCCUACCACCAUCCAUCCAUCUAUCUGUCAUCUACCGCUUUAUCCUCCACAUGAGGGU